GAGCCGGAGGCCGGAGAGCGGGAGAUGGGACCGCACGCUGGAAGCGCAGACCCGAGCCUGCUCCUCCCCUCGCAGAGCACGUGCACGCUCAGCCCGGGUUCCGCCCCUCCGGAGGGUGUCGGACUCGCUCCAGCCGCGGCGCGCUCCGUUCGCCGGCGGCCGGCGGAAGUACGAGUCCGGAAGUGACGUCAUCCCCGUGCGCGGGCGGCGUUCGCUGUCAGGCCUUGCGGAGCGUGGUGGUGCUGCUAUGGCUUCCAGCGGGGUCGGGAUGAACGCUGGCGGCUCCGCGAAUGAAGCCCCAGAGAUUCCGGACAACGUGGGAGAUUGGCUUCGGGGCGUCUACCGCUUCGCCACGGAUAGGAAUGAUUUCCGGAGGAACUUGAUACUCAAUUUGGGACUUUUCGCUGCAGGAGUUUGGCUGGCCAGGAAUUUGAGUGACAUUGACUUAAUGGCACCUCAGCCAGGGAUGUAGCCAAAUGGGUAAGCAGACAGAUGGAACCCAAGAUGUACUUGAACUUCCAGACACGAGCCUCUGAUCUGUGACCAUCACAAGACUCUCCCUAAUGGCAGCUGAGGUUUGAUACAGAUGGCUGCCUUCCCUUCCCUGCCCACUUUCCUGCGGAGAGUACUCAGAAUCCACUCUGGUCAGCAGUCAGGCUUCAGCUAACAUGUUGUCCUGUUUUGUAAAGUUCUGUACAUAAUUCCUAAGUUUCUGUAGAGAGUGAUCUUUGCUCUUUCUUGAGGAAUAACCUGAUGGUAUUUUAACAGUGAUCUGAAAUAAAGACUGCACUCAAAUACA